UUUUUUUAGAGUAACAUUUCAACAUGUAGAUGGUUACAUAGAUUCAUUUUUGGCUUGUACGAGAGCGUACCCACUCUCAAUAUGUAAUAUUUAUUUGCUCAGUGUAGUAACGUUUUUGUGUGAAUGACUGAUAAAAAUUUUAGGUACUAAAUUAAAUAGUCUUAUUCAAAUAAGAUAAUUUAUAAUUAAAUUAUUUAUUAUACUGUGAAUUUCAUCAGAUAGCUGCCGUGCAAUGAGCAGUGAUUUUUUGAACUCGUCUUAUUAUUUAUACAAACUAACAAGAAACGCACUUAUCCGUUCUUGGGAUUGUCCAGACGGUUGGUUGAAUCGUCUUCGAGGAUCAAAGGGCGAGAGUACAGAUGGAUCUAACGUCGAGUACAAUCCGUGGCCUUCAUACAAUUUCACGGGGAAGCUGAGACCUUUCCCCGCCGGACCAAAGCGUACUGUUCCUCCUCACAUCGGUCGUCCUGACUAUGCCGAUCAUCCUACUGGUUUCCCAGCGUCAGAAAACGCAGUGAAGGGUUCUGGCGUGAUCAAAGUCCUUGAUGAUGAAGAAAUUGAAGGCAUGCGAGUUGCGUGUCGUCUUGGACGAGAGGUCUUGGAUGAAGCAGCAAAAGUCUGUGAUGUAGGUGUAACCACAGAUGAAAUAGAUCGUGUAGUGCACGAGGCAUGCAUUGAACGGGAGUGCUACCCAAGUCCACUUAACUAUCACAACUUUCCAAACAGUUGCUGUACUUCAGUCAAUGAAGUUAUAUGCCAUGGCAUACCAGAUUUACGUCCAUUACAGGAUGGUGAUGCCUGCAAUGUUGAUGUGACAGUUUACCACCGAGGCUUCCACGGUGAUCUCAAUGAGACAUUCUUUGUUGGCAAUGUCCCAGAAACCACACAGAAACUUGUGCAAGUCACAUAUGAGUGCUUACAAAAAGCCAUUGAUAUUGUGAAGCCUGGUGAGAAGUAUAGAGAGAUUGGUAAUGUUAUACAGAAGCAUGCUCAAGCCCAUGGUUUCAGUGUGGUGAGGUCAUACUGCGGUCAUGGGAUACAUAGACUGUUCCAUACUGCGCCAAAUGUACCACAUUAUGCUAAGAAUAAAGCAGUUGGUGUAAUGAAACCUGGCCAUUGUUUCACUAUUGAGCCGAUGAUCAAUGAAGGUGGUUGGCGCGAUGAACAGUGGCCAGAUCAUUGGACCGCCGUCACUGCUGACGGCUCACGAUCAGCUCAGUUUGAACAAACGUUGCUGGUGACGGAGACUGGUUGCGAUAUACUCACGAAGCGCGCCACCGGCCGCCCAUGGUUCCUCGACCAAAUGGAGAAACUGAAAUCCAAGCCUUAGUCGAACCGCCUUCGAUCCACUGAGGUGAUAUUCUAAAUCACAUUACCAAUUAUCUAUAAAGCUAAACUCUCUGCCGUCUGAUUUUAUAUCAAACGAAUAUUGUUAACUAGCAAGUAGUGUUUGUAAUUUUAUAAGUACUUUGUACGUUUAGGUUUUGGGAAAAAUUGAAUUUUUCCAAUUGACGCGUUGUCAGUGGAAUGUUUAGGAAAUUUAAAUUAAUAUAGCAAUACUGUUUAUAAAAGAUUUUUUACAAGAAUUCAUAAAACCAAAGAAAUAGUCAAGAUGGAAUAUUCAUACCUUUUACAGGUUGAGUCCUAAAGGUCAUUAUAGAACCAAAAGCCUGACUAAACUGAACUGAGCCGAACUAUUCCCAAAGUAUAAAAUGACAAUUAUUGUGCGUUAUAUAAUGGGUAUAUUAGCUGCCUUUUUCUUUCGGUGCCUUUACACGUAUGCUCUUUAAGGCGCGAACAGGCUUUCACACAGGAAAAUUUGUGCAUGUUAAUAUAGACUGGAAUAUGCGAGCUGACGGCGCACGCAGUCUGUCUCAUUCUCCUUGUCUACAUUUACUUACACAUUCUUUGCUGCAUGAAGGCAGAUUCCCGCGUGA